GCUUAUACUGAAAGGAGUAGAGGACUUCCGCUUCAACUCAACAAAGAAAAAACUACAGACUUUGCGAAUAGAGAUAGGCCAAUACCUAGUUGAAAGCAGUGAUAACAUGCAAGAGGUGGCAAUAACGCAAGAAGUAGGUCCGUCUCAACAUAAUGAUAUUGAUGAUGUUGAAGAUGAUUACUAUGAAGAUGACAAGGAUGAUAGAAAGAUGUCAGUGGAGACAUGUCAGGUUCAUUAUCUGACCUGUAAAGAAAAACUGUAUGAAAUAGUUAACUGUCAAGAAAGCACUUGUGACCUUGCUGACCAUGUUAGACAUCAUGAAUUUGUUGCCAAUCCACUGAAAGUGCAAAACAGGGAAAGAGUGACAGUUGGAUUUGGAUUGAGUGUGAUAAAGCAUAGGGCCAUGGAGUAUGUGCAUGAAAAGUUGUCUACAGAUCUCCUAUAUAAUACAGGACGGGAUCCAAAACAUCCAUACACUAAUCGAGGCACAGAGAUGAUAUUGGGAAUGAAGAAUGGGCAAUUAGAAAAAAGAUUUAAAGUGUACAGAUUGGGUCCCCAAUAUCUUCUCCACGUACUGGUCAAGGAAAUGAUAGUGAUGAUUUAUAUGGCCACACAUAAUUCACAAUACGACAAGACCAAUGAAUUGUGCCAAGAAACUGAAACAAAUUUGACAACAGAAUGUAGAAAGCUGAAAAAACAGAAAAUCAACUAUUAAUUGAACAAAGAUUUUUGUUUCCUCUGCGACAAAAGUCGCAGAGUGAGACAUAGGUAUUACUAUCCAGUGGCGGUAGCAGCGUAAACUAUUUGUAUAAAGCUUUAUAUUUCAGAAGGUAGAAGACCUGGAUGCUUCAUACUUUGUAUGCAGAUACCUUAUGUUACGAAGUUUCCGUCUGUCAUAUGUCCUUUGUCCUUGACCUCAUUUUCAUGGUUCAGCGACUGCUUGAAAAAAAAUAUAGUUUAUUUGUUAUGUGAAUUUCUCACUUAUUAUGAGUAAUAGGAUAACUAUAUUUGGUAUAUGGGUUCCUUGCAAAGUCUACAUGUCCGUCAGAUAGGGUUCACCUGACCUCAACCUCAUUUCAUGGAUCAGUGAUCAAGGUUAAAGUUACGUGAUUAUGUUCGUUUCUCAAAUACUAUAAGCAGUAGGUCAGCUAUAUGGGGUGUAUGGAAUGAUUGUAAGUGGUACAUGUCAGUCUGGCAGGUUUCAUCAGACCUUGACCUUAUUUUCACGGUUCAUUGGUCAAUGUUAAAUUUUUGUGUUUUGGUCUGUUUUUCUAAUACUAUAAGCAAUAGGUCAACUAUUUUUAAUGUAUGGAAUGAUUGUAAAGUGUACAUGUCUGUCUGGCAGGUGUCAUUUGUCCUUGGCCUAAUUCUCAUGGUUCAUUGGUCAAUGUUAAGAAUUUGUGUUUUGGUCUGUUUUUCUAAUACUAUAUUUGGUGUAUGGAAUGAUUGUAAGGUGUACAUGUCUGUCUGGCAGGUGUAUUUUGUCCUUGACCUGAUUUUCAUGG